GCCUCUAAAUCCCAACCUGCCUCUAGGGAGCAGGGAGGGCUGCAACAGGUCCUCACACUCUCUGUCCUGCACUCUCGCACUUUCUGAACAAACACAACUGUACUUAUAUUUUCCAUAAGAUGGCUGUUUUCACAUGGACACAGUAGCAUACAUUGUAGGUAGUAUUUUACAUCUUUAGGGCUAUUUUGGUUUUAUUAGAUUUUGGUGUAUAAGUCUUCUGGGCUCUGUGGUAAACAUGCCGAUUAGGACAAUGAUUACGCACGCUAAGAAGCAUCCAGGGCUCAUCCCUCAGUUCUUCUUUCUGAUAGUAGGGAUGACUGGGGCUUCCUGCUACCUGAUUCGUCUGGCCAAGGGACCCCAUGUCAGCUGGAACAAAAACAACAACCCAGAGCCUUGGAACACAUACGGCCCUAACUAUCAGUACAAGUUGGUGGCCAUCAACACAGACUACAAGGCUCUGAAGAAGGAGGGACCUGACUUCUAAAGGUCCUUCAAGCAACUCCAGGGUCACCAUAUUUGGCAGGACCCCCUGUCAUCCUAGUGGCAGGGUGGGGGCAGUUAGAGCCUUGUCGUGUCUUCUUUCUGUCCCCUCUGCUGUCUCUUUAUAGCACCAAAUAUUAUAGCACAACUGUGUUUUUGGGCACAACUUACUAUUGCCUACCUGUCUCAUUAUAGAUACCGCCAGUGAAAAAAAUCCUGAAAUGGUAUAAAAUGUGCUGCACCUCUUUCUCAUGCACAGUUUUUGUAAAAUAUCAAAAUAUCUUCACAAAGCUGAGCACUCUGUUCACACACAAAACCCCAAAAGUGAUCUGAUCUUCUUCAUGCACACCCCUGAAAUGGCACAACUGUCUUUUCACAUUACCUUGAAACCAAAACAAAUAAAGAUCAGUCAAAGCUGUUACAAUGGUA